UUUUUUGUUGUGUGUUUCCACGACGUGGCCAAAACUUGUUUGUAGACGCAAACCGAAGGCAAAAAGUCAACUUUCUCGACGUGCAAAGCGUGUCUCAAAGUUAAUCCGAGAUAUAAAGUUGAGAGACGUAUCCAUCUAUCAUGAUCUGUAUCUUAAACUUGACUUUGUUCCUUCUCUCAUGGAAGAUUCUUCAUUGCAGUUUUUCCACUGGAGACACCAUGUCUUCCCUAGCUUCAGUGGCGAAGACGUUCGCAGAACCUUUCUCAGUCACCUUCUCAAGGAGUUCCGGCGAAAGGGAAUCCGUACGUUCAUAGAUAAUGACAUCAAAAGAAGCCAAUUGAUUGGUCCUGAGCUGGUACAAGCUAUCAGAGAAUCAAGGUUUGCGGUUGUAGUGUUGUCCAAGAGAUAUGCAUCUUCAAGGUGGUGUUUGAAUGAGUUGGUGGAGAUUAAGGAAUCUAGCAAGAAUGUCAUGCCCGUUUUCUACGAGGUUAAUCCAUCUGAUGUGAGGAAUCUAAGUGGAGAAUUUGGAACGGCAUUUGAGGAAGCAUGUCAAGGCAAACCAGAGGAUGUGAAGCAGAGAUGGCGGCAAGCCUUGGUGUAUGUGGCUAAUAUAGCCGGCGAGUCUUCUCAAAACUGGGACAAUGAAGCAGAUAUGAUUGAAAAGAUUGCUAUGAGCAUUUCAAGUGAAUUGAAUUCUGCACCAUCAGGAGAUUCAGACAAUCUAGUUGGAAUCAAUGCUCAUAUGAGUGAGAUGGACUCUCUGUUAUGUCUGGAAUCAAAUGAAGUGAAGAUGGUGGGGAUUUGGGGUCCUGCAGGUAUUGGCAAGACUACAGUUGCCAGAGCUUUAUUCAAACAGCUUUCUGUAAGCUUCCAACACUCUAUCUUUGUGGAGAAUUUUAAGGGAAGUUAUAGGAGAACAGGACUGGAUGAAUAUGGCUUCAAGUUGCGUUUGCAAGAACAGUUUCUAUCUGAAGUUAUCGAUCAUAAGCAUAUGAAGAUACAUGAUUUAGGUCUGGUAAAGGAAAGACUGCAGGAUCUCAAAGUUCUUGUUGUUCUUGAUGAUGUUGAUAGACUAGAACAACUUGAUGCCUUGGUGAAACAAUCUCAGUGGUUUGGCCCUGGAAGUAGGAUCAUCGUGACCACGGAAAACAAACAGCUUCUGAGAGCGCAUGGGAUCAAGCUCAUAUACCAAAUGGGGUUUCCAUCUAAAAGUGAAUCUCUUGAGAUCUUCUGCCAAUCUGCAUUUGGAAAAAGCUCUGCUCCAGAUGGUUAUAUUGAGCUUGCUACUGAAAUUACAAAGCUUGCUGGCUAUCUUCCCCUAGCUCUAAAGGUUUUGGGGUCAUCUCUGCGAGGGAUGAACAAGGAUGAGCAAAAAGCAGCGUUGCCUAGACUCAGAACCAGUCUCAGUGAGGAUAUUAGGAAUGUUUUACGAGUCGGUUAUGAUGGUUUACAUGACAAGGAUAAGUCCAUAUUCCUUUACGUUGCAUGUCUAUUCAGUGGUGAGAAUGUUGAGUAUGUGAAGCUGUUGCUUGCAAGUUCUGGCUUGGAUGUCAACUUUGGGCUACAAGUUCUAACCAAUAGAUCUCUCAUAUACAUAUUGAGAUGCAAUCGCACCAUUAUGAUGCAUAGUUUGCUACAACACUUGGGCCGUGAAGUUGUCUGUGCACAAUCUAUUGACGAGCCUGGAAAACGUCAGUUCUUGGUGGAUGCUUCAGAGAUAUAUGAUGUACUUGUUGAUAACACAGGCACUGCAGCUCUUUUGGGCAUAUCUACGAUCAAUGAGUGGUUUCUGAAUGAAAGAUCUUUUGGUGGGAUGCACAACCUGAUGUUUCUAAAAUUCUACAAGUCCUCGUUGGGUAAAAAUCAAACCGAGCUGCAUUUACCUCGAGGCUUAGAUUAUCUUCCCCGUAAACUUAGGCUGCUGCAUUGGGAUACCUAUCCCACGACAUCACUGCCUCUGAGUUUUCGUCCAGAGUUUCUUGUUGUUCUAAAUUUAAGAGAGAGCAAGCUUGAGAAGCUAUGGGAAGGAGAACAACCUCUUAGAAGUCUGACACAUAUGGACUUGAGUAUGUCUGAGAAUCUAAAAGAGAUCCCAGAUCUUUCAAAAGCUGUAAAUAUGGAGGAACUUUGUCUCAGUCAUUGCAGUAGUUUGGUGAUGUUACCUCCGUCAGUCAAGAACCUUAACAAACUGGUUGUUCUUGAAAUGGAGUGCUGCUCAAAGCUAGAGUCUAUUCCAAAAAAUAUCAACUUGGAAUCUCUCAGCAUUCUCAAUCUUGAUAAAUGCUCGCGAUUGACAACUUUUCCAGAUGUUUCUUCGAAUAUUGGAUAUCUCUCUAUAUCAGAAACUGCAAUAGAACAAGUUCCGGAAACAAUCAUGUCUUGGCCAAAUCUGGCAGCACUGGACAUGUCAGGCUGUACGAAUCUCAAGACAUUUCCAUGUCUACCAAACACUAUAGAAUGGUUGGAUUUCAGCAGGACAGAGAUCGAAGAAGUCCCUUCGCGGGUUCAAAAUCUCUACAGGCUAAGUAAAUUAUUGAUGAACAGCUGCAUGAAGCUAAGAAGCAUCUCUUCUGGUAUUUCUAGGCUGGAAAAUAUCGAAACACUAGAUUUCUUGGGAUGCAAGAAUGUUGUGAACUAUCCUGUAGAGAUCUUCGAGAGCUCUCCGUUCUGUCAUAAUCUGGUGGUGGAAAUGGGAGACAUCCAAACCCCUGGUCUUCCUCGACCAUUUUAUUUCAGGAAUAGUUUUAUUGAAACAAUCCCGGAUUGCAUCACACGUCACUGCAAGCUGCCCUUUCUGAAUUCAUCAAGACCAGUAUCCAGCAAUAUUGAGAGUAAUUUCAUUUGGUUCGACCAACUAAGAAAGCGGGAAGAAUGGCAUGGUGAUGAUGAUGAUGAUGACGACUGAUGAGUCAGCAAACAAAGCUGACAAUGGGAGAUCCAUCUACACGAGAAAAUCAAGCUGAAGUUCAAUGAUUAAGUCUUGAAACCUAGUCUUCUUUUUUUCUUUUCAUGCAAAUAAUCAGAUCACUACUUCACUUCCUAUUUGAUAGGAACCGAGUAACCUGAAUCACUUUCCCCUUAUCUUUUCCAUUAUGCAUUUGCUUCCAAGUUUGUAGGAACGUGUAGUUCCAAUUUGUUUUCUAUAUAAAUAAAAAAACAGAAAAACUAGUCGCAUA